UGAGAAUGUCAAAGACCGAAAGUAGUGUACAGCUCUGUUGUCAAUAGAUUAAUGCAAUCAAAAGUUUUGCAAUAAUUGUAAAUGUACAAUUAUUUUAAAUUCCUUAGUAUAAAGGGACGAUUUUUUAAAAUCAAAACAUUCUAGAUUUUUUUUUUUUAUUUUCGUUUUGACAAAUUCGUAUUUUUAAAAAUGGAUUACCAUAACCUUGCCCUUUGUCAUGUGAUUAUUCUGUCUGUGUGUCGAAGGAAGAAACAGAAAAUAAAUAUAUCUAAGUAUUCGUAAGGCUACAGACAAAAUGUUGGCCUUUUUUCAAAGAAUUUUAGACUGGUUCAAGAGUUUAUUUUGGAAGGAAGAGAUGGAACUGACGUUGGUUGGCCUCCAAUAUUCAGGGAAGACGACAUUCGUUAAUGUCAUAGCAUCUGGACAGUUCAGUGAAGAUAUGAUUCCGACUGUAGGCUUCAACAUGAGGAAGAUUACAAAAGGAAAUGUCACAAUAAAGCUGUGGGAUAUUGGUGGUCAACCAAGAUUUAGAACGAUGUGGGAGAGAUACUGCCGAGGUGUUAAUGCUAUUGUGUACAUGGUAGAUGCUGCAGAUCAUGAUAAGGUAGAACCGUCAAAGAAUGAGCUUCACCAUCUCCUAGACAAACCACAGCUCCAAGGUAUUCCAGUGCUGGUGCUGGGCAACAAAAGGGAUUUACCCGGGGCUCUAGACGAAAAGGAAUUAAUAGAGAGAAUGAAUCUGUCAGCCAUUCAGGACAGAGAAAUAUGUUGUUAUUCUAUAUCCUGUAAGGAAAAAGAGAAUAUUGAUAUUACACUACAAUGGCUAAUACAGCAUUCAAAGUCUGGACGAUAAAAUCGGCGUGCAAAAUAGAAACUGUAAGUUAUUUUCAAGAACCAAUGCAUUAUGGACAAAAAGUAACAACGCACUUGGUUGCAGUUUUUAGAAAACUGUGUUACUGCCCUUUGCUUUCAGUGGGCAUUCCACUGAAAAAAGGAGGUAUAAAACGUAUCUUUCAUUGUGGGUAUUUAGCACAAAUUUGAGAUAGAAAUAUUUAAUGUUGUGUGUUAUUUGAUGCAAUUGCUCCAACAUGUUCAAUGGAUGUUUAUGAUGUGUCAUGUUUGAUUUGAAAUGAGCAGUAUGUAUUCUUUGUUUUGUUUUUUAUAUUUUUUGUUUGCUUUAUACAUAUGGUAGAUAAUACAUGGAAUGUGAGUGCUUUGUAAUUCCAGUGCGAAGAAAUCAUUUGAUUUUAUAGAUGAUAGUGAACAUAUACUUGUUGCAUAGUUAAUGAAGUGUUUGAGAAAGAUGCGAAUAAAAGUUAGUGGUAUUUCUGCCAGGAGAGAAAAGCAGUUUUUCUGGUGUAGAUCGGAAGCAUGUGUGGUAAAUUUGUCUUUGUUUGUAUUUCACCUCAUUUAUUAUUGAUCAUAUGAUUGAUAACCAUUCCAAAACAAAAGUUUCUGUAUUUUAUAUGGCUUGGUAACAUUGUAUGCUAUAUGACUCUUUGCUGGUACUCAAACAACAUUUCAUGACGCAUUCAUUCGUAGAUACAAAAUAUGUAUAUUUUGUAGAGAAACACCUAAAAAGUGCAAUAAUCGCGUGCAACAGUGAGUGUAGAGAAAAGAGGAUGAUAUUCAGAAAAAUAAGGAAAGGGUGUGUGAAUGAAACAUGUGGUGCAUUUGGGGGUAGAUUUUGGUACCCAUAGAAUACGGUGUAUGUCAAGUCAAGAAUGUCAGUUAUUCAUCUGAAUGAUUAUGAAAAUGUCUAGUUUUGUGGUGUAGAGUGUCAUCAGUUUUAAGGUAAAGAAUUGUAAAGGAUUACAUGUAUGCAAUAGUGACCAUUUUCAAAUUUUUCUGAAAGAGGACCAAAAACUGCUUUAUUAAAGAUCUACCCACCAUUUUAUGUAACAUCUAAGAAAUACAGAUUGGUCUCAAUUUUGGCAUAAUUAAUUUGUAUUCAUUAGUAAACAGGGUACUUAACCAUGCAUGAAAUGAUUGGUUUCUAUUCGGGGAUGAUGAAUAUCAAGUUAAUGAAUGAUCUAUCAAGAUUGUGGAUAUAGAUUGUUUGAUUUUGCCUUUAAAAGCAAUAUUUAACAAUUAUUAGAUGUAUCAAAAUUUUGAUUUUAUUCAAAAUACAUGAUAUGUACUAGAUGAAUAAAUGCAUACAUGUAAUUGAAAUAUACUACAUUUAGUUGUGAGAUAUACGUUGUGUGUUGGUGAAAAUAAGUUGUUGAGAGUAUUUUGUACCUUCUCCUUUUUCUGUUUGGCAAAAUUCAGACCUCAAAGCAUGUAGUCCUUGACAAGAGAAUAGAGUAAUGAAGUGUUAAUGAAUUAAAUGUUAUGAAUUAAAAUAAUGAAUUAAACGUUAAUAGAUAUGCAAAAUUUUCUUUGUAAGUAUUGGUUGUAUGUGUUGUAAAGUGGAGAAUUGAUCAAUUGGUUUAUCACAAACAACAUGGUUUUGAAAGUUUUUAUGUAAUGGCAUUCAAACUGAAGCAGGACUCUCUCCCUCUACUGUGAUUUUGAAUCCUCUUAAUUAAAAACUUUCAGUAAACAUAUUCUUGUUUCAGCAGUGAUUGAAGAGUUGUCGGUCUUGACACUUCAAAAUCUUUCAACUUACUUUUUAUGAUAUGUAAGAGAGUUUAUUUUUGUGCUCAGUUGCCUUUGUACAAAUUUUGCAAUAUUUUUUAACCAUCGAAGACAUGAUUUUGGGUUAUGUUUUUAAAAAUGAUCUUUCUGUACAAUCUUAAAAUUAACAAUUUACUCUUUGGAUAUGACAAAAAACAAAGAACUUCCAAGACCAAGUUGAACGUUUAAUAAUUUGUUUGUGAUAAAAGUAUAGUACAUGUACUCAAAUCUUUGUUUUGUCUUGUAUUGUGGAGGGAAAAAAAGAUUGCAGAACAAAAACAUAUUAGAUGCAUGAAUAUUUAUUACUCAUUCAGUGCAGCGGUGGUGCAUGUCAUAAAAAUAAGUACAUAUUUUGUUUUGUUAUAGUGUACAGCAUUGAUAUACCUGUAAUUUAUGUUAUUUAACAAUAAGAAAAUUCUUCACUAAA